CCCACCCCCUCGCCGUGACUCCCAGCAGGGGCCUGCUGCUCUCUCCGGGAAAAGAUGGAGCUCCGGAGGAUCCUACCCGCUCUCCUCUUCCUCUCUGCCGCCUGUCUGCAGACGGGGUCCGGCGCGGCUUCAUGGACAGGACCGAAAGUCACCGAGAAGGUGUUUUUUGACAUCACAGUGGCGGGUCAUGAAGUGGGGCGGAUCGUCAUUGGGUUGUUUGGAGAGGUCGUCCCUCUUACUGUCAAUAACUUUGUUGCCCUGGCAACCGGAGAGAAAGGUUACGGAUACAAAGGGACCAAAUUCCACAGAGUGAUCAAAGACUUCAUGAUCCAGGGAGGAGACUUCACCGCUGGGGACGGGACUGGAGGUCACAGCAUCUAUGGGACGACGUUUGCAGAUGAAAACUUCAAACUGAAGCAUUUAGGAGCAGGCUGGGUGAGCAUGGCAAACGCCGGUCCAGACACCAACGGGUCGCAGUUCUUCAUCCUGGCUGCCAAAGCACCGUGGCUGGACGGGAAACACGUGGUUUUUGGAAAAGUCCUGGAUGGGAUGUCUGUGGUUCACACCAUCGAGCUUCAGGACACCAACGACAGGAACCUGCCGUACACCGAGUGUGUGAUCGUCAACAGCGGCAGGAUCCCCGUCAAAGAGCCCUUCGUGGUGGAGGUGGAGGGCUGGUAAAUGCCACUGUUAAAAGGUUGUCUGUAGGACAAACACAGUACACAUGUGAUUACUAUACACUGAUGAUCAAUCAGAAAUCAUUUGUAGUUUUCACAUUUUCAUAUUAUUACUUUCAUGACUGCAGGCAGGGCUGAUCUGAUCCGUUAGUUUCAGUACUGAUACCUGAAUAAUAUAUUUCCCACACUUUAAGCAACAUAAACAUGUUUUCCUCUUUCCUAUGCAACAAAAUACAAACUUCUCCAACUGCUCGGUGUUUAAUUUUGUCUUAACACAAUAAAAUACACGAAUUAUCACAAAUUACAAUAAAUCAGGAAACAUUUGAUCAAAGUGUAAACAAGAGCUUUCAGCUGGAACCAAAAACAUGCCGAGCUCCAACACACGUAACCCUAACCCAAGCUAACAUGAAGAUGAAGCCCUGCGUACUAGAUGUUAACAUGUUUACAUGCUAACCGUCACAUGUCUCUAAAUGUUACAUGUUUAACGUUAGCAUGUUAACAUCCAGUAGCUGUAACAUGCUAACCACAGGCUGCUAACGUUAGUGUGUUAAGAGACACAGAAUAAAGAAGAACAUGAUUUCUGAUUGAUCUCUGCUGUUCAGAGAUAAUUUAACAUUUUUAUUAUGAAUUCAUUAACGGAGCAUAUCAGUGACAGAGUACCUGUCUAACAAACACCUGUGAAGGGAGGGAAGACUUUUAGCAACUUUCUGAUGACGGGGGAAAAAUGAUCUGUGCUAAAAUAAAGACUGUUGUUGUUUAGAACAGAGAACAGCUUCACAGGCAAAAAACUGAAAAUGAUCACAGAUAGUAAAGGAAUAUUGUCUCCCGUGUGAUCUUCUGUACACUCGGCUGAGAACCUUUCAUCUCCAAAAUGGCAGAAUUUCAGUAUCGUAGCAAUAUAAGCUUCAAUUUUAAGUUGAUAACAUUUCAGGUUUUUUAAAGGUCUUUCAUGAUACGUUUCUUUUUCCUACAGUGAUUUUUAGGGCAAUUAUUUUUUUAAAAAAGUUUUUGGUUCUGUGAAGCACUGAUUUCAUUCGAGGUCAGUUUUUGAUGCAGCUGUUUUGUCAACAGAUUUUUUUAAAUUUUCAUUUUCAUGCUGUUUAUUUGUAACAAAAGUAAAAUGUUCCAUAGAAAAGCAUCUAAUUUUUCACAAAGUAAAAUCUGGAGGUAGGAGGUUCUCAGCAGGGGGAGUGGAGGCGGUUCUGUGUGUUCAGUAUUUAUCAGACUCACUGUGGUUUGUGCUAACAGUUCUACACGUUAGCACAUUUGGAUAUUUAGUGGAUGGUGCCAGUUAGCAUCAUCCCUAAAACCCUGCAUCAAACUAAAUAAUGAACACACACUUAAAUCUGCCUUUGUUUCAGAACAGGAAGGAGACUGAAGAGCAUGAU